AUGGCAAUCGAGGAUAUUGGCCUGGUGGGCAUCAAUGUGCGGAUGUGGCGGCACUUGGCCGUACUUUACCCCAGUCCGGGCACAAACUGGCGCAAGUUUGCCUUCGUGCUGCCGGUGACUGCGAUGAAUCUGAUGCAGUUCGUCUACCUGCUGCGGAUGUGGGGUGACCUGCCCGCCUUCAUCCUGAAUAUGUUCUUCUUCUCGGCCAUUUUCAACGCCCUGAUGCGCACGUGGCUGGUCAUAAUCAAGCGUGACCAGUUCGAGGAGUUCCUCAACAAAUUGUGCGCUCUUUUCCACUCGAUUCUGGAGUCCAGCGACGAGUGGGGGCGUGACAUACUUCGGAGGGCGGAGAGUGAGGCCAGGAGCCUGGCUAUACUUAAUUUGAGUGCCUCCUUCCUGGACAUAGUCGGAGCUCUAAUCUCGCCGCUUUUCAGGGACGAGAGAGUUCAUCCUUUCGGCGUAGCUCUGCCCGGACUGAACAUGACCCGCACUCCCGUGUACGAAAUAGUUUACUUCGCCCAACUGCCCACUCCCCUUCUGCUGUCCAUGAUGUACAUGCCGUUCGUCAGCCUCUUUGCCGGCCUGGCCAUCUUUGGCAAAGCCAUGCUGCAGAUCCUGGUGCAUAGGCUGGAACAGUUUGGCAGGGAGGAGCAGUCGGAGGAGGUCUGCUACCAAAUGCUGACCUCCUGCAUUCGGUACCACAUGCAGGUUAUGGGCUAUGUGUGGGAGCUGAACAAACUGGUAACCAACAUUGUGGCGGCCGAAGCAAUUAUCUUUGGCUCGAUAAUCUGUUCACUGCUCUUCUGUCUGAACAUAAUAACUUCACCCACCCAAGUAAUCUCCAUAGUGAUGUACAUCCUGACCAUGCUGUAUGUCCUGUUCACCUACUACAAUCGCGCCAAUGAAAUAUGUCUCGAGAACAACCGAGUGGCGGAGGCCGUGUACAAUGUGCCCUGGUAUUCAGCCAGCAUUCGGUUUCGCAAAACCCUUCUGAUCUUCUUGAUACAAACCCAACAUCCGCUGGAGAUAAGAGUUGGCAACGUUUACCCCAUGACUUUGGCCAUGUUUCAGAGUCUGUUGAAUGCGUCCUACUCCUAUUUCACCAUGUUGCGUGGCGUCACCAGCAAAUGA